AUGGACGAGUUUCAAGAAGAACCUGAGGUGCCUGUAGCAGCGGCUCAGAAUCCAGAAAUGCCAGCUGCCGCCCUGGAAAGAAUACCUCAGGAUGCUGGAAAUCGCAGUAAAAACUACAGAAUGCUACUGUAUAAACAACAGUAUCAAGGUAUCAAAAUAAGUUCAGUACGAACUUGGUAUCGAAAAAUUGAGCAACGUGCAGAUAUUGUAAAGAAAGGUUUAAAGGCAAUGGAAAUUCAUACUGAAAUGGUGAAUGUGUUGGGUGAAUCUGCUCCUUCAAAAACAAUGGUUUGCAAGUGGGCUAAUUUAUUCAAAAGUGGUCGUACCAGCCUUGAAGACGAUCCGCGAGAAGGACGUCCAAAAACUGCAUCAACACCGGAAAUCAUCAGAAAAAUACAAGAUAUGGUAUUGGAAGACCGUCGAUUGACUGAAAGAGAUUUAACAGAUUCUUUAGGCAUUUUAUUGGGCACAGUGAGCAAUAUUUUGAGUGUUAAUUUGGGUUUCAAAAAACUCUGUGCAAAAUGGGUGCUGCAUUCUCUAACGAUGGAGCAAAAACACAUUCGGAUGCGACUUUGCCAGCAACAUUUGGAGCGUUUUAAGAAGAAUAAAAGCGACUUUAUCCGUCGAUUUAUCACACUGGAUGAGACUUGGGUCUACCAUCAUGAUCCUGAAUCAAAACAGGAGGCUAAGGAGUGGUGUGAACCCGGCUCUUCGGCGCCGAAGCGAGUUCGUGUGCAAAAAUCAGCCAAGAAG